AUGUUAUCGACAGAACUAUCCGAAGCGGAGGUUUCGGCCCUGCGAGCCAAUAGAGAUCGACUGGCCAAAGACUUGCAUCACAGUUGUCAAUGGGGCCCUGGGAUAAGAUGGGGAAAUGAUUCAACAGAUACGGGCAUGCAACGCCUCGCCUUAUCACAGGACGACAAGGCCGUGCGAGACUGGUUCAUUGAGACGACAAAGGCAUUGAAGUGCAAUGUUACCAUCGAUGAGAUGGGAAAUCUCUUCGCAGUCCGACCAGGUCGACGGAAGGACGUACCUGCAACAUUCAUCGGUAGUCAUCUGGAUACUCAGCCUACAGGUGGUAGAUACGAUGGCAUCCUGGGCGUCCUAUCAGGUAUCGAGACCUUGAAAGUUAUAGACGAAAUGGGGCUCGAAACAGAAGGUGGUGUAGGGGUCGUGAACUGGACAAAUGAAGAGGGUGCUCGCUUCCCCAUAAGUAUGGUCUCCUCCGGUGUAUGGGCCGAGUGCAUCUCUCUUGCUCGAGCCCAUGAUCUCAAGGAGGUACCUACUGUUGCUUCCCUCCCAACCGCAGCCUCUGCACCGGAAUCGAUGAAAUCAGCGCUCGAAAAGAUCGAUUAUUUAGGAACCGUGCCAUGCUCCUACAAAGCGUCUCCCAUGGCAGCACACUUCGAGCUCCACAUUGAGCAGGGUCCCCAUCUCGUGUCCGCAGGCCAGCAUAUUGGUGUCGUUACUGCCGUCCAAGCAUACCGUUGGUAUCGUCUCAAUGUAAUCGGCAGAGAUACUCAUACAGGAACCACUGCCUUCGAACAUCGCGCAGACGCUCUAUACGCUUUCGCUCGCAUGAUGGUACGUGCACGGGAAAUUGCAUCUUCUCACGGUUGUCUAGCCAGCGUUGGCAUUGUCGAGGCGAAGCCCGGUAGUGUGAACACUGUACCGGGACAAGUUAGCUUCAGUCUUGACAUUCGUGGCCCGGAGACCAAUUUGGUGGAGGUUGUUGAAGCCGAGCUGAGAAAAGAAUUCGAUAACAUCGCCGCGGAGGAAGGUAAAGGCAUCGGAAAGCCAUGCCGUGUCGAAUGGGUCAUGGACUUCGAUUCUCCCGCGGUCAAAUUCCAUGAAGACUGUAUCAACUGUGUACAGCAGUCUGCAGAGGCCGUUGUCGCUGAUGCCGGCGUGACAGAGCCCAAAUCCCUCGUGCGGACCAUUAUGAGCGGCGCUGGACAUGACAGUGUCUUUACCUCCAAGCGGGUUCCAACAAGUAUGAUUUUCGUGCCCUGCAAGGAUGGUCUCAGUCAUCACCCAGAAGAGUUCUGCUCUGCGGAUGAUUGUGCUAGAGGAACAUCGGUCAUGCUGCAAGCGGUAAUUCGAUAUGAUAGGAAAAGAUUCGCUCCGUAA